AAGGAAGACUAAAAGGGUUAAGGGCAGGCAGAGCACGUGCGGGCGAGCCAGGGCCUGUGCCUGGCAAGGGGCUGGGCUGCACUGAUGAGCAGGUGAGGCCAGGCACAGACCGGCUGAGCUCAGCGUCUAGGCCCUGUGGAGAUGGCCGGGCCGGGCUGUGGCGGCUACACCGCUGGACCACUCCUGCUCCUGCUGCUCUUGCUGCUGCCCUGGGCCCUGCCUGAUGGACCCCUGGUGUUUGUGGCGCUGGUGUUCCGCCAUGGUGACCGGGCCCCGCUGGCCUCCUACCCCACGGACCCACACAAGGACGCUGUCCCCACCCUGUGGCCUCGAGGCCUGGGCCAGCUGACUGAGGAGGGUGUCCAGCAGCAGCUGGAGCUGGGCCGCUUCCUGCGCAGGCGCUACAAGGCCUUCCUGAGCCCCGAGUACCGGCGGGAUGAGGUGUACAUCCGCAGCACAGACUUCGAUCGCACGCUGGAGAGCGCACAGGCCAUCCUGGCUGGGCUCUUCCCUGAGGCGUCCCCCCGGGGCUCGGAAGCCGACUGGAGGCCAAUCCCAGUGCACACGGUGCCUGUGGCUGAGGAUAAGCUGCUGAGGUUCCCCAUGCGCAGCUGUCCCCGGUACCAGGAGCUGCUGCGGGAGUCCACGGAGGCGGCUGAGUACCAGGAGGCUGUGGAGGGCUGGACGGGCUUCCUGAGCCGCCUCAGCAAUUUCACGGGGCUGAUGCUGGUGGGGGAGCCACUCCGCAAGGCCUGGAAGGUUCUGGACACGCUUAUCUGCCAGCAAGCCCAUGGCCUUCCCCUCCCACCCUGGGCCUCCCCUGAGGUCUUGAGGACGCUAGGCCAGAUCUCAGCGUUGGACAUCAGGGCUCACGUGGGCCCACCCCGGGCAGCAGAGAAGGCGCAGCUGACUGGGGGGAUUCUGCUGGACGCCAUCCUUGCCAACUUCUCCAGGGUGCAGAGCCUGGGGCUGCCCCUCAAGAUGGUCAUGUACUCAGCUCACGACAGCACCAUUCUGGCCUUGUAUGGGGCCCUAGGCCUCUAUGACGGGCACACCCCACCGUAUGCUGCCUGUCUCGGGUUCGAGUUCCGGAGCCACUUUGGGGACUCAGAAGAUGAAGAUGGAGGGAACAUCACAGUCUCCCUUUUCUACCGCAACGACACCAACCGCCCACCCCUGUCCCUCAGUGUCCCUGGGUGCCCGGCUCCCUGCCUCCUAGGGCGCUUCCGCCGGCUGACUGCUCCCGCCAGGCCUCCAGCCCGCGGGGCCACCUGCCACGGCGCAUUUAGGCCUGCCACUGCCCCAGCCACCACAGUGCCCCUGCUGGCCGGAGCAGUGGCUGUGCUGGCGGUGCUCAGCCUGGGGCUGGGGCUGCUGGCCUGGAGACCCAGCUGCCUGCGGGCCCUGGGGGGAGCAGUGUGA